AUGGAACCAAGUCACAAAUCAGCAUCAAUAGGUGAAGAUGGGCUAUCUCAACCCGACUCACAGUUUGUCUUUGUCACGGAUCAUGACCGUCGAUUCAUACGGAGCCGGUUGAUGCGUGAUUCUUGGACGAAGAGAAAUAGAAGGAAUUCUCUGAGACCGUCGAAGAAUCGGAUAUUAAAGGCGAAGAGUGGGCGAUUUCCCAGCCAGGAGGCUGCGAGUUCAGCAACGGGAAAAUUCAGAGCAGAAGAACAGCCAGCAUUUGAUCCUCAACUAACUGCGGGUCAAGUUAACCCCGCUUCGUUUGUGACUUCGUUUGGAAUAUCGACGAUUGAAAGUAACCAAAAAGAUCUUAGCCACCAGGGACUGAACAACGAUGGUUACAACGACAAUUCGGACGAGGAUAUGGAGCUUCUUCAAAAUGACUUUGAAGGCUCCUCCGAUCAAAACCCAGAUGGACCGAACGAGACCCGCUCUCAAAUACCAAAAAGUCAAGAUGUUAUUCCAUCCUUUGAAUCUGCCAAUUUUGAUCCUUUUGAGACAUGUCCAGUUACCGUCCGACCGUUUGAGCAUGCAUUGAUACAUCAUUGGAUAUAUGUCUUUGGGACCAUGAUGUUUGGCAAACCGCGGUCUGCGAUUGACCCCAUGGCUGAGGUCUGGAUCCCAGAAGCCUUGAGCAACGAAGCAUCUUUUCAAGGCAUGCUAUCAUAUGCGGCGGCUCAUUUGGCGCAUCUGCGUGGACGAGAAAGUGGCGUUCGAGGGGCGAUAUACAAGAUCAAGUCUAUAGCGGUUAUCCAGAAGUUGCUAAACAAUGACCAAACAAUGUUGUCUGACAGCACAGUUGCAGCAAUACUUCGGCAAAUCAGCAUCGAGGAUCGUUUCGGAAGCUCCGAAAUUGCAAGUGUCCAUAGGGCUGGCCUUGAGAAGAUCAUGGAGAAAAGGGGUGGCCGGAUUCGUGGCAAUUGGGGUCUUGAGCUUCUUCUUCAUUGGUAUCUCAUUACUUCUAGACCAAAGUUUCAACUUAAAAACCAGAGCGAGCAAGAAACGCCUGCUGAUUUUGGCAAGAAAGGAAGCAAAGAAGUUAGCACUCGAAGUAAACCAAGCUCCAUAUCAGAUAUUUCGGCCAAAGUUGCCAAACUGUUCGACUUUUUCCAGGAGUUGAGACUUCUUACUACAAGCGAGACGAGACGACGAGGUCCAGGAAUCAGCUUAUCCUCUGUAGGGAGUGGGACAAAACCAGCCGACCGCCUGCUUUAUCUCUUCAAAAACUCGCCCGGCGCUUCAAGAGGUCCAACUCAUGAUAUCGUCGAGGAAACGUGUCGAGUUGCAGCGUUAUUUUACGUGGCAGCAAUCAAAGCGGACUCAUUGAGAUUCGAAACCAGCGAUUUUGAAUUAUUAAUGACAAAUAGAUGCUGUUAUGGGUUCUUCUGA